ACUCUCUGCUGCUGUUUGUUUCGGAGGGAGGUGUUCCUUCGUCGAACAUCUACUUCCGGCAAGUCCCCAGUCGCCGCAAAGCAGUGAAAGUGUUGUUUUUUUUUUUUUAAUCUUUACUUCUUUUUAAAGAUUUGAACCUUUACUUCUUUUGAUCUAGUAGUUUUAAUACUCCGAGAAGCAACCUCCGGAUUUUAUUUAAGACCCGAUCGGACGCUUUCGCCCUGUGGAUUGAUUUGUUUUUUCAAUGUUUUGUAGUUAUUAGCCUCCUGAGCUAACCCCGGGCUAGCUCCUCAGCUGACACCGAAACCGAGCGACUAUUUCGGGAACAUUCACCUGCACAUCCCGCCCGAUUAGCUGAAGUGUUGGAAGAUCGCGGCUGUGACGGAGAGGCCGCCCUUCUCCGCAUUUCCCAUGUCUGUUUUGGUGCUGGUGUUGAUGUUUUAAUGGGAGGCUGGUCGCUGCGGGGUGGACAUUGCUGGAGCGGUUUGAGAAAGAGAAAGCCGCGGCUCGGAUGGAGUCUCUGGCCGGGUACGUGUACAAGGCAGCCAGCGAGGGCCGAGUGCUGACCCUGGCCGCGCUCCUGCUCAACCACUCGGAGGCAGAGACCAAGUACCUGCUCGGUUACGUGACCCAGCUGUCCGGCCAGAGGUCCACGCCGCUCAUCAUCGCUGCGAGGAACGGACACGAGAAAGUGGUUCGGCUGCUGCUCGAUCAUUACCGGGUGGACACCGAGCAGACCGGAACCGUGCGCUUUGACGGGUAUGUGAUUGAUGGAGCGACGGCCCUGUGGUGUGCGGCUGGAGCAGGACAUUUCGAGGUGGUGCGUCUCUUGGUCGGACAUCAGGCCAACGUGAACCACACCACCAUCACUAACUCCACCCCCCUCAGAGCCGCCUGCUUCGACGGACGCCUCGACAUCGUGCGCUACCUGGUGGAGCACAAGGCCGACAUCAACAUCACAAACAAAUACAACAACACGUGUCUGAUGAUCGCCGCGUACAAGGGCCAUACAGACGUGGUGCGCUUUUUGCUGGAGAGAGGAGCUGACCCGAAUGCCAAGGCUCACUGCGGAGCUACGGCGCUGCACUUUGCUGCAGAGGCCGGGCAUUUGGACAUCGUGAAGGAGUUGGUGAGUCGGCAGGCAGCUAUAGUGGAGAACGGACAUGGCAUGACCCCCCUGAAGGUGGCUGCAGAGAGCUGUAAGGCUGAUGUGGUGGAGCUGUUGCUGGCUCAUGCGGACUGUGACCCUGAGAGCAGGAUCCAGGCUCUAGAGCUGCUCGGGGCGUCUUUCGCCAACGACCGAGAAAACUACGACAUCCAGAAAACCUAUCACUACCUCCAUACCGCCAUGACCGAGCGUUACAGAGACCCAGAGCGCCUCAUCCUCAAAGAGAGGCUGCCCCCUGUGGAGGCGUACGGUCGACGCAGGGAGUGUGAGACUCUGGAGGAGCUGGAGAACAUCCGUGUGGACCGGGACGCGCUGCACAUGGAGGGUUUGAUGAUCCGAGAGAGGAUCCUGGGCUCAGACAACAUCGACGUGUCUCACCCGAUCAUCUACAGAGGCGCAGUGUACGCUGACAGCAUGGAGUUUGACCACUGCAUCAAACUGUGGCUGCAUGCUCUGCGGCUGAGGCAGAGAGGGAACAGGAACACUCACAAGGACCUGCUGAGAUUUGCUCAGGUCUUCUCUCAGAUGGUGCAUCUCCGGGAGCCUCUGAACGCCGUGUCUGUGGAGCAGGUGAUGAGCUGCUCUGUGCUGGAGAUCCAGCGCAGUGUCAGCAGAGUGGAUUCUGCGUCUGAGGCCGAGCUGCCUCAGGCUUUGGACAACUACGAGUCCAACAUCUUCACGUUCCUGUACCUGGCCUGUAUCUCCACCAAGACCAACUGCAGUGAGGAGCAGCGUGCCCGCAUGAACAAACACAUCUAUGACCUGAUUCAGCUCGACCCGCGCUCUCGAGACGGCUCCACUCUGCUGCACCUGGCCAUCAGCUCCUCCACCCCUGUGGACGACUUCCACACUAACGACGUGUGCAGCUUCCCCAACGCGCAGGUCACCAAACUGCUGCUGGACUGUGGCGCUGCCGUCAACGCAGUGGACCAUGAAGGCAACACACCUCUGCAUGUUAUUGUGCAGUACAACCGGCCAAUCAGUGACUUUCUGACUCUACAUGCCAUCAUCAUAAACCUGGUGGAGGCGGGUGCGCACACGGACAUGGCCAAUAAACAGAAGAAGACUCCUCUGGACAAGAGCACGACGGGAGUUUCAGAGAUUUUGCUCAAGACUCAGAUGAAGAUGAGUCUAAAGUGUCUGGCUGCACGCGCCGUCAGACAGCACCACAUCACCUACCGCAACCAGAUCCCCAAAACCCUCGAGGAGUUUGUGGAGUUUCACUGAAGAGUGACUUUUUCUAACAGACCAAUGGUGCUGCACAGCAUUCAUUAAGAAUUAAGCAUUUUAACCUUUUUAUAAAAGAGAAAUGUUCUUUUUAUUCCAAGUAUUAAUUGGUGACGCUGUUGUUUUGCCUUAGCUCUGUGUCGCUGCCAUCUGACUAUAGAGAAUAAAUGUGCCUCAUCAGUCCACUGUAACCAAUCAGGUUUAGUUUAAUCUUAUUCUAAUUAUUUCAGCUCUGUUUUUAUGAUUGUAACACUCCUGAUUCAGAUCCAACUUGAUGCAGGUUUAUUUUUUAAAUCAAAGGUAAAACUUGUCAAACUUAGGGCAGCCAGAGAGUUUAUAGUUAAUUUAUUUUUAUGAGAUAUAAUCACUUUGUUUAUCAAGAACUUUGCACACUUUCACUCUAGACCAUGUGAUCUGAAUGGGCCAAUCACAAGACUUUAAACAACAAUAUAAACGAAUAAUGCUUUUGGUGCCCUAAUCUGUCUGUCCAUUACAUGCAAAUGUGAAAGGCGCCCUCAUGUAUGUAUUAAAAUACAACUAUGGAAGAA